UUGGUUGGUCCUGUGAUCACGUGACUUGUGACAUCAUCAGAACAGGCGGUCAGGUGGACGUAUGACAUCACUCGUGUUGUCACGGACACGUAAUGAAUUGUUCAAACGUCAUUUUUCUUAAAGGGACAGCGCAGGUUCGUGUUUGUUUUGGAACGUUCUGUCAACGCUGAGGUAACGUUGUCUGAAUGUUAGUUAUUGGUUUUCGUUGUAGAGGGUAAACAAACAGACGUCUCUCCAUCGUUGCUCUGAUGAGCGUUGCUAUGGUUACGCUGCAAACAGGAAGUGUAAAUCUGGACGUCCACAUGAAGAAACGUUUCAUCAUCAAACAGGAAAUCACCUGCGUGGAUUCCUGCAGAGGUCGGAGGUCACGCAGAAAUACCCCGAGCACAAACUUCCCCCUCGGGGUUUCUCUGCUGUGGGUUUAUGUUAACGAGCUGUCUCUGCUGACGCCUGAUUGGCUGCUGUGGUGAGAGGGGGCCGUCCCUCCGGCGCCGUCGAGACGUUUGAUCAGAUCAGAGUCAGACCGAGCGGCGAGGAGCUGAGCAGAGACAGGAAGUCAGAGAGGCGAGAAAAGAGGAAGCAGCGAGCGUCCGGAGGUCUGACAGGAUGACUGAAGCUCAGUUCAACGUCUACGACAGCGACCUGCAGAUGAAUCUGAUGCAGUACGACUACAUUCCUCCAGUGGACAUAAAGACUGAACCCUACAUACCUGAGACAGCUCACGGUCCCUACAUUCAGAUCAUAGAAGAACCCAAACAGAGGGGCUUUCGUUUCCGUUAUGAGUGUGAGGGUCCGUCCCACGGCGGGCUCCCAGGGGCCUCCAGCGAGAAGAACAGGAGAACCUACCCGACCGUGAAGAUUAAUAACUACGUGGGUCACGCCCGGGUGGAGGUCCAGCUGGUGACGCACUCCGACCCUCCUCGUGUUCACGCUCACAGCCUGGUGGGACGCCACUGCACCGAGAACGGCACCUGCACGCUGGACGUCGGCCCCAACGACCUCACCGCCUCCUUCAGUAACCUGGGCAUCCUCCACGUGACGAAGAAAGGUGUGGUCGAGGUUCUGAGCCGCCGCCUGAGAGAAGAGAGGAAGAGACAGAAAGGAGCUCACUGCCACCUCACAGACUCGGAGGAGAACUCCAUCCUGAAGGAGGCGAAGGAGCUCGGGAAGGUGAUGGACCUGAACAUCGUCAGGUUGAAGUUCACCGCCUACCUGCAGGACAGCAACGGAGGCUUCACCCGAGCGCUCAAACCCGUGGUGUCCAACCCGAUCUAUGACAGCAAAUCACCGAACGCCUCCAACCUGAAGAUCUCUCGGAUGGAUAAGACGUGCGGCACGGUGCUGGGAGGAGACGAGAUCUUCCUGCUCUGCGACAAAGUCCAGAAAGACGACAUAGAGAUUCGUUUCUACGAGGAGGACGAUGAAGGAGGCUGGGAGGCGUUUGGAGACUUCUCCCCGACCGACGUCCACAAACAGUACGCCAUCGUGUUCAAGACGCCGCCCUAUCACAGCGCAGAGAUCGAGCGGCCCGUCACCGUCUUCCUGCAGCUGAAGAGGAAGAAAGCCGGCGACAGCAGCGACCCCAAACAGUUCACCUACAUCCCACAGGUCCAAGACAAAGAGGAGGUGCUGAGGAAGAAGCAGAAGCCGCUGCCUCACUAUGAAACCUGGAGAGGAGGUGGAGGAGGAGGAGGAAGAGGUGGAGGAGCUGGAGGGUUUGGAGGAGCAGGAGCUGGAGGAGGAGGAGGAGGAGGAUUCCAGUUCAGCCAUCAGAUGAACGGAGGAGGCGCAGGAGGAGGCGCAGGAGGAGUUUUCUUCACAGGAGGAUUCACAAGCUUUGGUGGAGGGGGAGGAGCUCAGAUGUCAGGCUCCGCCCCUCAGACGGACGGACAGGCCGGCUCGCCGCUGCAGCAGCAGCUGUUUCAGAUCGCCGCCGCCCUGCACAGUCGAGCCUCUCAGAGCGCCAGACAGACCGCCGCCGCCCUGCUGCAGUACUGCAGCACCGGGGACGCCCGGGUCCUCCUGGCCAUCCAGAGACACCUCUGCGGCGUGCAAGACGGCAACGGAGACACUCCUUUGCACCUGGCCGUCAUCCACCAGCAGACAGGUGUGAUCCAGCAGCUGAUCCACACGCUGCUCAGCAGCCAGCAGCAGAACAUCCUGAACACAGCCAACCACCUGCGACAGACGCCGCUCCACCUGGCGGUGAUCACUCGGCAGGUGAAGGUGGUGGAGGUGUUGCUGCGGGCGGGGGCCGACCCCAGCCUGCUGGACAAAGAUGGCCGCAGUCCCAUCCACCUGGCGGCGCUGGCUGGAGACCACGCCACACUCCGCCCCCUGCUGGCUCACCUGGGAGAAGGCCACGCCCACCUGGUCAACACGCCUGAUUACCACGGUCUCCACCCGCUCCACCUGGCCGUGAGGAGGGACGGCGAGCGCUGCCUCCGCCUGCUGGUGGAGGGCGGAGCCAAAAUCAACGCACCUGAGCAGAAGAGUGGAAACACCGCCCUCCACCUGGCCGUCAGAGAAAACCUGUUCAAGGUGGCAUGCACGCUCAUCACCGAGCUGAAGGCCGACGUCAACGCGUGCACGUUUGGAGGAAACACGCCUCUCCACCUGGCCGCCAGUCUGGGCUCGCCGACGCUCUGCUCGAUGCUCGUCGCUGCAGGUGCCGAUAAGAACAUGGAGAACGACGAGCCGCUCUUCUUCAGCUCGUCUUCAGACGAAGAGCAGGACGAAGACGAACCAAUCAGAGACGAGGUCAGAGAGCGAGACGCCGCCGCGCAGCCAAUCAACCCUCGCAAGAGACCUGCAGGAGGCCACACCCCUCUGGACCUUGCCAAAUGCCAGAAGGUGAGGAACCUGCUGAACUCCAAACAGAGUCCGAAGUCGAGUCGUCACUGCAGCAAGAAGAUGAAGCCGAGCAGCUCUGAAGAGGUGGAGGCCUCGGGGCUGGACGAGGACACGCUGUCCCGGCUGGUGGAGGUGCUGAGCGUCGGCGACGUCCCCUGGAGGAAGCUGGCGGAGAAGCUGGGCAUGAUGACGCUGACUCACCUGUACCUGGACAGUCCGACGCCGUGCCAACACCUGCUGCAGCACUACAAGCUGGGUGGAGGUCCGGUCCAAGGGCUGGUCGAAGCUCUGCAGUCUCUCGGCCUGACAGAAGGAGUCCGACUGCUGAGACACACAGAACUACGAGACGACAAGCACAGCACAGACGCCACGGUUGACAGCGGCUUCGGCAGUCAGCCAAUGGAGGAAGACGAGCCGCCCGUGACCAAUCAGUGACAGGCAGGAAAUGAAAGUCACCUGAGCAGCCUGGGUCAUCUCAGAACUCUGCAGAACUGGACCUGGACUUGAACCUGAACCUGGACCGAGUCGGACUUUUGUUUGUUUACCUGCCGCGCUCCGGGCGGACCCCGCCGUGUAAAUAAACAGGAAGUAGAUUUUUAUUGCCGUAUCAUAAAUGUUUGACUUUGA